AUGGAAAUCCAGAGAUACAGGAAUGAUGGUCUCGACUCUGAUUUGAUUCCUCUCCUUAUCGCUAACCUGAGCCCUUAUCUUGAUAGGCGUGUGAUCAUCAGAGAAGACCCUCAGACGGUGUCGGUGUAUAUCGCUGAGUACAUCGUCAGCCGUAUCAAAGCAUUCAACCCCACCGAGAACCAGCCCUUCGUCCUGGGUCUGCCAACGGGCAGCAGCCCCGAGAUCAUUUACAAGAUCUUGGUUCAGCGCCACCGUGCUGGGGAGAUUUCUUUCAAGAAUGUCGUAACUUUCAACAUGGAUGAAUAUGUGGGCCUGCCUCGCGACCAUCCCGAGUCCUACCACAGCUUCAUGUACAAGCACUUUUUCUCGCACGUGGAUAUCCUUCCCCAAAACAUCAACAUCCUUGAUGGCAAUGCAGCCGACCCCGUUGCGGAGUGCGCCUCGUUUGAUGCGCGCAUUGCGCGCUACGGCGGCAUCGAGCUCUUCCUCGGUGGCGUUGGACCUGACGGCCACAUCGCCUUCAACGAGCCUGGCUCCUCGCUGAGCAGCCGAACCCGUGUCAAGACCCUGGCCUAUGAUACCAUGCUGGCCAAUUCACGUUUCUUUGACAAUGACGUGAGCAAGGUGCCGCGAAUGGCCAUGACUGUUGGCAUCCAGACCAUCAUGGAUGCACGAGAGGUGGUUAUUGUCGCCACAGGUGCCCACAAGGCAUUUGCCGUACAGAAGGGUCUGGAGGAUGGAGUGAAUCACAUGUGGACUCUCUCCGCAUUGCAGCUGCACCCUCACCCGCUGAUUGUCUGUGACCGUGACGCCACUUUGGAGCUCAAGGUCAAGACCGUGCGCUACUUCGAGUCCAUUGAGCAGGCUGGAACCGAUGCCCGUACACAGGGUCCCUCGCUGGUCUAUCGUCCUCGCACCUACGUCCCAGCCCCAGUGCCCAUCAAGAAAACCCGCACGCAGGAGUCAACUCCUGAUACCACCCCCCAAAAGGUGCCCAAGGAUCUGCGCAUCAAUACUGAGCUUGGCCGGUCUUUAGAAGAUGAUGAGCUGACUCCGGACAGUAUGUCUUCACGCAUGGUUGACUCGGCCAUUGCCGGUUUGGAUGGCACUCUGAAAAAUGACCUGAUCUUCGAUCGCAUGGGAGGCAGAAUGACUGCGAUUUGA